UGCGUGAAUCGGAACUCGUGGAGUGGAGGACAUUUCAUACAGAAUAUCGUUUUCGGUCAGUCGGAGCAGUGCCCUGAGGGUAUCGUGAUCUCCGAGGAGCUCAGUGAUGAGCCGGCUUCCGAACGAGUGGUGGAAAACCGCAGAGGAAUGCACUCGCCAGAAAGCCUGUUCUUGGCCUGUGGUCUGUCAGCGCUGAUUGCUUUGGUGAUAGGAUCAUUUGUUACGUAUCGAGUCACUAGAGCUCGUGUGCUGGCCGAAGCUCAUCAUUCGGCCAGUUCGACAAGUGGAUCGGAUUACGAUAGCUUCGGUAGGGCUCGAUUAACGAGGCAUGACUCGUUGACGACGGCAGCGAAGAUCGAGCAUGUCUAUGGAGCGCCACCAAAGACGAGCGUUGAUGCCUCAUCUCUCGUGCUGACGAUGCCACCGGCGAUGACGAUGAGUCAACACGGUUCUGGUGUUAACACCCCGUCGAGGGAUAAGAACGCGAUCAUGACGUCCAUCAAUCAGAACACGCUGCCGCGCGACUACAAAGUGAAGAAAGUCUAUUUGUAG